GUGCUUGAUUCUAAACAAACUACAUUUGGAAAUCUAAAGCGUAACUAAAGUCAGGGCCUACGCUUUCGAUAAUAAAAACAAAUACAGGCUACAAAUAGGAGGCUGCCUAAACAAAAAGGGAGCUGCCAACUUGCAUUUUACGCAUUUGCGUUUCGUUUGUUCCACUCUUGUGCCAACCGUAGCCCACGCCCACAUUUGUGGCGUGUGCAACUAGAAGCCGUCAAGACGACUUACUCGAUAAUGAAGAUGAGCUCCCCCAGGAUCAUGCAGCAGAAACGGAGUAGCAAAUCCUCCAACUCGUCGCGGGUCUCAAUGACGACCUCGACGGCGGAGGAGAAUCUCAUCGAGUCGAAGCUCUUUAGCUGGAUGCGGCUCUUCCGCUUUGCCUCGCUGCUCUGUCGCGCCGAGUAACGGGAGUGGCUGCAUCCUAAACCCUAAGCCCUUCCCCCCCAGCAAAUAUUAAGAGAAAUGCAUAUAAAAGAUACAGUUACCGAUACUCGAACUAAAUAGUUACCGCUUUUCAGUCAAGUUUUCCUAUACACACACUACACGUAUAUUGAGACACUGAGACGAAAUUCACUUUAACUUUUUUCCAAACAAUGUAGAAUGUAAGAAGGAAUAUUCCCCUGACCCGACAAAAUCCCCCAAAAACAUUACAAAAAUGGAUGGAAACCAUUGUUUUAGUUUAAGCUUUUAUUUUUUUGAGAAAUCGAAA